AUGGCUACCAAAGAUCUCUCGCUAGACGAGCUCAAGGACCUGCAAAAGCAGCUGUCUAAGCUGGCUACCUCCUCGGACUCGGAAGCCAUCCAGUCCAUCUUUGGUCAGCUCAGGACGGGGUUGUCGGUACCAACAGAAGACAUCAUCCGUCAGAGCAAGAUCGGUGUAGCGGUGGGCAAGUUGCGCUCGCAUUCGGACAAGAAGGUAGCGGACCAGGCAAAGUCGUUGGUCAAGGACUGGAAGUCGAUCGUAGACAAGCAAAGGGCGCAACAGCAAUCGUCUGCAAACAGCAGCAAGACGCCUUCGUCAACUGCUUCGCCUGCGCCGACAGCGUCCAAAGCGGAUGGCGCGGCCAACGGCAAUGGGACAGCAGAGGCAUCGCCAUCAUCGACGCCGUCAGCAACAGCAGCCACCAAACCAGCAUCUUCCAACACGAAAAUCGACUUUGAGAUCCUUAACGACAAGGUGCGCAACGCAUGUCUCAAGCUGCUCUACAACUCGCUCGAGAUCGGCAAAGAGUCGCACGGCUGGAACGACUCUCAGAUCUUUGACGCCGCCGUCGCCGUGGAAGCCGCGAUUCUCUCGAACCAGGGCAAAGGCUCUGUCACGGCCGACUACCGCAACAAGGUGCGCAGCUUAUCGCUCAACAUCAAGGACAAGAGCAACCCAGAUCUGCGUGUGCGCGUCGUAGAACACCAUAUUCCCGCCGACACGCUCGUCACCAUGACCAACGAAGAGCUAGCGAGCGACAAGAGAAAACGAGAGAUCGAAGAGCUGCAGAUGCAGAACCUGUUCAAGGCCAAAGGUGCUGCCGCCCAGGAGGCUGAGACCGACGCUUUCCAGUGCGGAAGGUGCAAGCAGAGGAAGACGCGGUACUACCAGAUGCAGACACGAUCGGCUGACGAGCCUAUGACGACGUUUGUCACGUGUACCAAUUGCAACCACAAGUGGAAGUUUUGUUGA